AGCGAGGUUUCAAUUUUUUUCUCUAAAGCCGGACUCGGGCCGCGGAUCGCAACAAGGUUGACGCACUGAGGCAAAAACGAACGAACGACCCCAACCAGGAGAAUGUCUGAACCCAUGUACCGCGAUUGGAUUUUGGACACUAUUGACUCACUGCGGUCGCGAAAAGCCAGACCAGACCUUGAAAGAAUUUGUCGAAUGGUCCGGAGACGACAUGGAUCAGCGCCAGAACAAACCAGCGAGGAACUCGAGAAACUGAUCCAAGAACAAACAGUCUUGAAAGUUAACUACAAGGGCUCGAUUUCCUAUCGAAAUGCAGCCAAAGUAGUCAGAAGAAGCAGGAAAAAGGAUGACCACACGACCAAAAGAACUGCCGUGGAAGAAGCUAACCACUCUGAUUUGAGCAACGGGGACAGCGCGCUAGGUCCCAUUGACCAGGAUGAGACGGAGCAUUUGGAGAAUGAGCUGCCAGUGUCAAUGGAGACAGACAGCACCAUGGAAGAGGAGGAAGAACAUGAGGGGGCUGAUGAAGAUGGCCAUGAGGGCUCCUCUCCCUCUCCUGGGGGUGAGGAUGCUGUGCAGGGGGGGUCUGGUGCUGCCCCCCCCUACUCUGCCCCCUGCUCCCCCAGCGGUUCUCGCCCUGGCCACAGCCCUGUGUCUGACCGCCCCUCUACCUGCACGACCAGUAAGAGGUCCAGCCCUCUGUCCCCCUCUAGUCCCCUGGCCCUCAGGCAGAAUGACUGUGUGUGUGACUCUGCCUUCUGCCCUGCUGAUCAUGGACCCUCAGGGAUGCAGAGAAACACAGGAACUGGGGCUUUAAAGACGAUAGUACAGCCAUCGGGGACCUGUCCCUGGGUUCAGAAGAGCUUGGUGAAGAGAGAGAGAGAGGAUGGGGUGAGGAUGGAGGAGAGUGGCCUCACUUCUGACCAACUGGUUCCUGACUGUGUGGAUGAGACCAUGAAGGGUUCUGACAGACAGCCCAAGACGUUGUCUUUUCCCUCUGACGACUGUGCUAAAUACAAGAAGGGGAUGGACGUUGCCUCUUACGUGAUGGCUCAAGACGAUGUCAAGAACGAUGUGAAAAACAGAGAAAUCUCUGUGAAGAAGGAGACGCUGAGGCAGAACCUAUUGCUGUGGAGCGUGGCGGACGUGGCCACCUACAUCUCUGCUGCAGGCUUUCCAGAGCAGGCUGUAGCUUUCAGAACACAGGUCAGUGCAGUCCCUCAAACUGCCACACGGGGGUGGUAUCUGUACACUCAGAAAACCGCUCACACAGAGUCCCUGUCCAGAGACAGCCUCUACCUAGCCAGAGACAGCCCCCAGGCACUCCUGGAGAUGUGAAAGUUUUGGGUAUAUUAUAAUCAAUAUGGUGAACAUUCCACGUAGCCUAUCAGUGGGCAAGGUGAAGAUUUGACCUUAUUGCAUUACAGUACCACCUAUCCAAUUCUUUGUGGUCUGUUUGAAGUGAAGUUCCUAUGGGCUAGUGCAGUGACACUUUAAUGGCAGCCUGCGGGAUUCUACACAGACUCGUGGCCCCCGACCUCCUGUUGAUUUCUAAAAGUGUCCAUCUUGUAAAAUGUAUUUUAGUAUCCCUGGGCUGGUGGUUGUUUCUUGACCUGGGUAAAUGGCUUGGGCAAAUAAUA